AUGUGUUUUCUUGAAGGAAUCUUUGUUCAUAAUAAAAAUUUCUCGACUGGCGAAAAUCAUCCUGAAGAAAAUGAUGAACCUCUAGAAGAUCAAGUUUUUCUUCUGCCUCGUGGUCAUGUUCCGCAAGCAUACCUUGAUUUAUCAAACACUGACAUGGCUAGCAUGGAUAUACAUCUUCCAGAAAGUAACGUAGGUUACAAAUUAUUAACAAAAAUGGGAUGGAAAGCCGGUCAAGGACUUGGAAGCUUGCAACAAGGAAGAAAAGAACCAAUUCGUAUAGAUACAAAGUCUGAUUGUUUGGGUGUCGGAAAACUUGAGGAAGAAAAUUUUUAUCAUGUAGUUAGCACUGCAAAACGUAAGGCAUUAGACAGUGAGAAAAUCGCAGAAGAAACAGAAGAAGAGCGUCAACAAAGACAGAACAAAGUACAAAAACAAGAAUCCAUUAAAAAGGAAUUAGAAAUUAUCAAUUCUGCUUUCUAUUGCGCACUAUGUGAUAAGCAAUAUACGAAAAUAACGGAAUAUGAAACGCAUUUGAGCUCAUAUGAUCAUAACCAUCGCAAGCGAUUCAAAGAAAUGAAAGAGACUAUAAAUCGCCCAAAAGUUGGAAAUAAAUCAUCAUUUACUACGGGGACCGUUGACGAUGGGAUACCUUGUUCUGAAACAGUUAAAAGCACAAACACUAUGAAAUUUUCUUUUAAGAACAAAAAUGCAAAAUACUAA